GCCGUCGGGUUCGGAUGUUUUUUCUUCUUGUUUUGGUGAAGUGCGGUUUGCACAGUGAACUAUUCAACCGAACUACCGUUGCAGCGACAGAACUUGGAAGUGAAGGCGCGCGAAUCGUUUCUGCAGCAGAGUGAGUGUUUAGCUUUUCGAAAGUGCUUCGCGGCGGACACCGCCGACGAGUGAAACGGAAUUUGCGGACUCGCGGUUACCGCUGCUGAUGUUAAGACGAUCUCUGUGUGCUUGCGUGCUGUGCUGUGCGCUUAUUCGGCGAAGAAAAAAUAAGUGAAAUUGUGCAGUUUUUUCUUCAUCUAUAGCUUUUCCGCAUGAUUUGCUGAUUGCUCUGAGAAAAGGCAAAGAGAACGUGGUGAAUUUUCGAGUAAAACACAUUUCGUAUGAAAAGCAAAGUGAAAAAUUACUAUAUUUCGACAGUGUUUGUCGUGAACCGGUAAAUUCCCUAGAAGGAUAGAGGAGAGUAGUUUUGUCUUGAAUAAAAAGAAAAGGCAAGUGAGGAUUAAUUUCGCCCGGUUGUGUGUGCAGCCCAGCGUAACCAAGCCCCCCUCAGCUAGCUGACACCGCACAGUUUCGAAGGAAAACCGAGAAGUUCACAGACAAUUUCAUUCUGUCUCACUUGGGUGCCGCCACCGUCGUCGUUGCAAAGACGAGAGAACUAGAAUAAAUAUUGUUGCUAUAGGAACAAAAAUCGCUUGGAGAAACAGGGAUCGGUCUGUGUGCAUACUGUUCAUACGUCACAUCGCAGCGGCGGUUAGUGUUUGGAACAGCAAGGCCAACUCGAUCCUCUCGGUCCAGUUUCCAGUUUACCUUUGCAGUGAGGAAACGAAUCAACCCGUGGUCAGCCGACCCACCGGAUCCGACUACCGACGCGUGCACCUUGAAUCCGACAGCUUCCCUCCCACGGUGCGGUGCGGAUCUCUAAAAUGAAUUCGACUGGGAGUUCCCGAACGCAACCAUAACAACUGUUUCUUUCUCAUACAAUCGAUUCGAGCAACCAAAGUAGGCCGAAUUCGCUUCCUGGCCACCCCGGUUUGGCAACCGGCAACCGAACUGCAGUAGUGAGUGAGUGAUAGUGUGCGGUGGUGCCAUUAUGACGUCAUCCAAUGACAUCGGAUGUGGUGGUGGCGGUGGCGAUCGCGGCGGUGGUGGUGGAAACGGAAGAUCCAACCAUCAUCAUCACCACCAUCAUCGGCGGAACAGUGGCAAUAGUAAUAACAAUAGUAACAAUAAUAUUGUCGCACGGCGGAUCAGUAAUGUGAGUGUUAAUAACAACAAUAGUGUAAACAAUCUGAACGGAUACAAUCACAACGGCGGGAAUAGUCCGCGGACGGAUAAGGAGAAAGACUGGGAUUUUAAGAAAAGUACUAAACUCCCGGAAUCUGACGACUAUGACUCCCUGCCGCCACCACCCCCGCCAGAGGACGAACCACCGUACUUCGACGAUCUUCCUCCGCCACUUCAUCACAACCACCUGAGCCACCUUAAUCAUCUCGAUCUGGAUCGGGUACCGCACAGCGGCGGCGGCGGCGGUAGUCCCCCGGAAAAAUCCCGCAAACAUCGAUCCAACUCGGACAGUAGCCAGUCGAAACCUCACCACCAACGGGGGAAUGGGGUGGCCGGAGCUGGACAAAAGUCAGGCUCGAACGGACAUCAUCAUCAUCAUCACCACCAUCAUCAUCGGCAUUCGAAAAGUAGCCGGGCGGAUUCGGUCCUGUCCAGUGAUUCGGAUAUACGGUUUACCCGGCAGAAGCUGGGUGACAAUCAGAAGUGUGGCUGUGCGCUGAUUGCCGGCUUUUUGCUAAUACUGCUGUUUGCCGGCGUUGUUGUCUAUGUUGGAUACACCUACCUGCGACCGGAGCCCCUACCGGAUCGGAUAUUUCGUGGCCGGUUACGGGUGAUCGAAGGUGACAACUGGACGCCCGAACUGGCCGACCAAAACUCGCUUCGAUUUCAGCACCGUGCCCGAGACUACCGAGAACGAAUCAACCUAAUCAUGCGACGAUCUGACCUGCGGGAACCGUACGAGGGCAGUGAAAUUCUCGCGCUGGAUGGUAACGAAGGCGAAGACGUGACGCUCCAUUUUGCCAUGUACUUUGACCCGUACGCCGAGCUAGUCUCCAGCGCCGAUCUACACUCGAUCCUGAUGGAGGAAAUCAUCUCCGACCAUCCACGGUACUUCCGCAACCUAACCAUCGAUCCGUCCAGUUUGAUAAUCAAGGAAGUGUUGGGUCAGUUUGAUGACAUUCCUGGUACAUCUUCGUCGCCAUUGGGUGGCAAAGACGACAUUCCAAAUGAAGUAGUAACCACCAUGCGACCACCUCGCAAAUGUGAACCACUUCGUCUAAGCUACUGCCGCUCGGUUGGCUACAAUGUGACCACCUAUCCGAACUAUUUCGGGCACAAUUCCGUCGAAGAGGUGGAAGCUGAUCUGAUCUCUUUCCGUGAACUGGUUGAUGCGGAAUGUUUCCGACAGGCCUUUGAUUUCAUCUGUCGGCUGUUGCAACCUCCAUGCGAGUAUCGACGAAUUGAGGAGCCAACUCCCGGUCGGGUCUGUCGACAGUAUUGUCAGGCAUUUUUGAGUGGGUGUGGCGAUCGGUUGCCGGAGAGGUUCAAGAAGUUUUUAGAUUGUGAACGGUUCCCGGAAUCGACGGGUAUUCAGUCUUGCUACAGUCGACCAGGAUGUGCCACGGAACUGCAGACGAAUGCACUUUCUUCGAGGUUGUGCGACGGAGUCGCAGACUGUCCAGAUUUGUCGGAUGAAAAUACUUGUACGUUCUGUCCGUACGGAGCAAUAUACUGUGGUCGUGGUCGGGUUUGUUACGCCAGGAAUGCUCGGUGUGACGGGAAGAUGGAUUGUCCGGAUGGGAGCGAUGAGAAGGAUUGCCUUUCCAUUUCUCCUCAGGUGACGUACCUAACUUUUCCGACGCCAAUUGUGCCGUACCGUCCUCGCUUCUACCCGGAAGGCUAUGCCGUGUUCUCCGAGAAGGGUAUCACCGGGAAGCUGUGCUCCGUCGGGAUGGAAUCGAACGACUACGUGCGAAACACGGUUGCCGAAUCGCUUUGCAAGGCUCUUGGCUUCGAACGGGUUGAAUAUUCGGAGGUACGUAAUGAUACGGAACCAAACACCAGCUACGUCAGGGUUCUGGAUCCAAGAGCGUCGGAGAUUUCUUUCGUGAGGACCACCUGUCAGAGCAAGCAGUCUCUGUACGUAAGCUGCGGACAGCUAGAAUGCGGCGUUCAGUCGGCUCUGCCGAGCAAUCCCAAUGUAGGACUUUCGAAGAUGGCGGCUCCGGGGGAUUGGCCCUGGCUGGCGUCACUGUUCCGGGCUGAUACGCAUGUUUGUGAUGGGACAUUGGUAUCAUCCGAUUGGGUCCUAACGACAGAGUCCUGCUUCCAGGGACAAGCAAAAGCAACAUGGAUUGCAAUAUUUGGAGCCGUUCGUCUUUCCUCGAAUGCCCCUUGGACUCAGAGGCGACGAAUUAUCGGCAUGGUCAAAUCCCCGGUCGAGGGCAGUACCGCAGCUCUGGUACGCCUGGAACGCCCGGUAAGCUACUCGGACUUUGUUCGCCCAAUCUGCCUACCGGACAUCCCCCUAAAGGAAACCAUCGACCGUAGUGACCAGGUAACACCAACUCCUCACGCCGAGCGGUUCUCCAACACCCGGCAACGGAAGCGCAUCAAAGAAAAUCGACAGUACUUCGAAAACCCGGGCGACGAAGAAACGUCCGAAGAUUACAGCGAAGUAACCGAAGCGUCCCGCUAUUCAAUCAAUGAAUUCGCAGCCGAAUUCGCCGACGAGGGUGCCCAAAUCCCGAAAGCCGAAGCAGUGGCAGCGGUUAGUGCAGCAAAAAACCCUUACCCUCUACCGGAGAACUCACCGCAGACACACAACUACAUCUCACCGGUGAAUCACAUCGGAAAUAGCUUCCAGCCACCGAAGGCAAAACCAACCGUAUGGACCAACUGUAAUACUCUGGGCUGGAGUCGGCAGCGGGAUCAUCUGCAGCGAGUUCAGCUCAAGAUCAGCGACAUGAAACCGUGCGAGAAUGUUUCGAUCGCAACCGUGAACAGUAUGUGCACGGAGGCGGCCUAUCACAAACAGGACUGCAGCGAGGAGGAAUUCGCUGGAAGUCCCGUGGUCUGUCUGCUGGCAACCGAACGGAAGUGGGCUCUUGUUGGGGUUGCUUCCUGGAGGAUUGCCUGCGCCCCGAACGGGGUUGAACGGCCCCGGAUGUACGAUAAGAUUACGUCCAACAGUCAGUGGAUUCGGGACAUUAUUGCGACUCCGGUGUAGGCUGACGGAACGGCGCUUGGGUGAUCAAAUCAUGUGCAAAUAUUAAGCUUAGUGUGUGUGAUUGUGUAAGUAGCCGAGGAGUGAGCGAGAGUCCCUUCCUGGGAGGGGGGAUACUGUUGGAAUGAUAUGUACUUGUUAUUGCCAUUUGUUUAUCUUGAAGGAAAAAAAGACGGAAUCGAUUGUGAAUUUUACACCUGAUGUAAAAAAUGUACACCUUGAACUAGACUAAAAAUGCACUGCCCAAAACAAACUACCCAAACCAACAAAAAAACACUUGUGAGAAUGAUCAUUUUUACGUGUUAUAUUGUGUAUAGUUAAUGAUUAAAAGAAAUUGUUUUAAACAUAUUUUUAAACGAAAUGUGAAUUGUUAUGUUGCUAAACCCUCCAACUAGACUGCUUUUGUAACAUGAAACCUAAAGCAAUCCAAAAUCAUUCAAUAAAGAAAA